CCGCCACGUGGUUGACGGCCUUUUGCCCCACGAUACGCCUUGGCUCAUUAAAUAAUCGGGAAAUCGAUUUUAACAAACCUUUAAAAAAAAAUUUUGUGUUCCCCAAAUCUGAAUUUAGAGAAAAAAAAAUUGGUCGAAUUCCAGCUACAAAAGGGCUCUGCCCAUUUGCAAAAACCCCCCCUUCUACCCGACCCCCAACCCAUAUGCCCAUUUCGCACCAUCGCCAUCACCACCAUCUCCGCCAUGGCCGGAGUCGACGAGCGGCAGGAGAGCUUCUACCGCCUCCUUAUGGAUCGAUUCCAGGGCCUGGAAGCGAGCCACCAGAAGCUCCAGGAGCAAUUCCAGGUUCUGAUGGAAGAGAGGGCCAUCAUUCAUCACAACCGUAAUGCUAAUAUUAGGAAUCGGGGUUUGACGGCGGAUACCGGCGAUUUAGGGCGGCUGCCGGGGUGGGCCUCCAUUCCGGGGGCCUACUUCGUCGAGAGUCCGUACAGGCGUGUGCUGGAGCAGAUGGGUCAUGCACUUUACGUCUACAGAAUCAUCCCCGGAGAGAUUACUUAUUGGAACCGUGCAGCUGAGAAACUAUACGGAUACAAAGCGAACGAUAUAUUAGGACGAAGAAUUUCCGAACUUCAUCUUGAGGUAGAAAACAGUCUGUCGACUCAAGAAAUUGUUGACAAGCUAUACACCAGGCGCGCCUGGGCCGGCCAGCUCCCUCUGAGGAAGAGAUCCGGGCAAAUUUUCAUGGGAAUGGUGACCAAAAGUGCGCUGUAUGAGGACGGAGAGCUUGCUGCAAUCGUCACUGUAUCGAGCGAUGCAGCCAUAUUCAAUCACACUAAAUCUGGACCUACUAAUCAAAUCAGCGACCACUACGAUGGCCGUAAACAUGUGAAGAAAAUUUACUGGCAACCACAGCCGCGCAUCUCGGCUGUGCCACAAAUCGCAAACUCUGUCUCCAAUAUGGCUUCAAAGGUUCUGCCGCGGAAACAAGGGGAAGCUGCCCCUAGAGCGACACCCGAGUAUGACGACACUGAUGUAGAUAGCUACGACAUGAUCAAUAGACCGCCGAGGGCUCCUAUGGGAAAGCCUCAUAUCGGCGUUUCCAUGGGACCAGCGAGCAGACCGGAAGUGGUGAGCUCGGAGAAGGAAUUUAUUCAACCUUCAAGAAGUGGAGUAAAGCCCGUUUCUAACGUGCAUUUGGGAGGGGCGAGAAGCUUGGAGAGAGAAGUGGAUGAGUACCUUCUGCAAAAUGGUUCUGACCAUAAUUUCAGGAGGAAGGAGAAGGAAGCGGCUUACGAAGCGAGUCAUCGCAAAGAUCCAUUGAAAAGUGCGUAUCAAGGGCAAUUCGACGGGCAUAGAUCUCCCGACAGGUUGCAAAGAACAAACUCAUCCCAGCAUGACAAGAAAGUGAUUCGGCAAGAAGAUGCGCCUGCCCGACAAUCUGGUUCGAUUAAGACUCCAAGUUCAGGGGAGAGUGUGGGCAGUGGAGAAAGCUCGUUGAGUAGAAACGAAAAUGAUCCGCACAAGGUUGUGAAUAGUGAGAUUCGAUGGGAAGAUCUGCAGGUGAAGGAGGAAAUCGGGCAAGGUUCAUACGCCGUUGUCUAUCGUGGAGUGUGGAACGGAUCGGAUGUUGCUGUUAAGGUUUAUUUCGGUAAUCAAUACUCCGAGGAGACUUUGCUCGACUAUAAAAAGGAGAUCGAUAUUAUGAGAAGACUGAGACAUCCGAAUGUGUUGCUGUUCAUGGGAGCCGUCUGCACCGAAGAAAAGCUCGCCAUGGUUACCGAGUACCUAAUCAGGGGGAGUCUCUUCAAAACGCUUCAUAAGAACAACCAAUCAUUGGACAUCAGGCGGCGUAUUAGGAUGGCGAUCGAUGUGGCCAGAGGCAUGAACUAUUUACAUCACAGAAAUCCUCCCAUAGUUCACAGAGACCUCAAAUCUUCGAACCUCCUAGUAGAUAAAAGCUGGACUGUCAAGGUCGGAGAUUUUGGCUUAUCGAAGCUAAAGCACGCGACUUUCUUGACGGCGAAAUCCGGGAGAGGCACACCUCAAUGGAUGGCGCCUGAAGUUCUUCGAAACGAACCCUCGACAGAAAAGUCGGACAUAUUCAGCUUCGGCGUCAUCCUAUGGGAGCUUAUGACCGAAUGUGUCCCAUGGAGCAACCUCAAUCCCUUACAGGUUGUUGGAGUCGUCGGAUUCAUGGAUCGCAGGCUGGACAUUCCCGACAACAUAGACCCUCAAGUUUCUUCCAUCAUCUCCGACUGCUGGAAAAGCAACCCUGAGGAUCGUCCUUCGUUCGAAGUCAUCAUCAACAGGAUGACGGCGAUCAUUCAGAAAAUGUCGGAAGCCAACGGCCCGGCCCGGCCAGCCGCCGCGCCGUGACGGUCUGGUCGCCGUCGUUUCGACGGCUAACGUUAACCUCAGUCAGGUGUCUCUACUUGGCCUUUGUCGAAAUAGAAGUAGUGAUUUUUACACUCCAUGGAAGCUUUUCAUUUUUAUCUUCUUUUUCUUACCCUAUCCUUUUAUAAUGUCUCGACUCUUCUUCUUCUUCUUCUUCUUCUAUUGUAUCUGUUUUGCUUUCAUUCUACUGUAAAAAAGGGAUUCUGAAAAACUUACUUACACAGCUUAA